GUCCCUCUUUUCACGAGUACUGCCACCGCCUCUGUCACCACUUAGCAUAUCACGUUCACCGCCUCACUUCACCAUCACUGCUCGCGCAAACUCUCCUUCACCACAAGGCGAAAUGACGCCAGCUACCGCUUCUCCCGUCAUCCUCCAUCUUCCCCCCCACCCCUCCGACUUCCACCUUCACGCCAUCCAACACUACAUACUCCGCCACGAUGGUCGGCUGGCAGAGCUCACCCUUCUGGGCCCAUAUCGACAUCUUCAACUUGCUAGGCAUUAAUCCCCACACCACCGAUUUGACGUGGGAGAUUGUAGAUGCUCGCCCGCGACAGAUUGUCAAGAAGUUGUGUCCGAACGACCCUGCUGUUAUGCUUCCGGAUGGGGUGUCCGUCGCGCUGAUCAACGCCUUCCGCACUGAACUCUUCAACAUGCUCUACCCUUCUGCUCAGCAUGGCAAAGAACUCGGCGUAGGCGACGCGACUUCCCAUUCCCGGAACAAGCUCGCCAAGGCUCUGGAUGAGAUUAACGGCGCGAAGCUCAACGGAUAUCGUCGGACAUGGGACGCUGAGAAUGGCGUACCUGGCAAUUGGCUUGGUGCAGACAUUAGUGACGGUGACGGCCUGGCGGGCUCUUCGGCUGCUCUGCUACCGCAGGGUUCCUCUACUGCAGCACAAACUGUGCAGGGUGAGCCUACGGGUACAGAGGACAAUCCGAUUCCGCUCGACGAAGCGGGCACUCACGACGACCCGAUCAACCUUGACGGCGACAGCACUCCAGAGCCCGUCUCUAUCGACAACGCCCAGGCUCUCGUCCUGCCAAUGCACCAGCGAGACAAGUUCAUGCAACUUACGAAGUUGGGGGCUACUCCAAUGCAUUUCAGAUACGCCAUCGCGCCUUCCCGACUUCGGGCGAUGGCGAAGAGAAACACGAACAACAACAAGGCCGCAAUAGUGGUUGGCGUUGUGAGGCGCCCGGACUGGAACGCGGCGCAGACCUUCCCUGAAUAUAUAUGCAUAGCCUUGCUCGAAGGCGGCAACUCGUUGCGCAUCAGAGUGAAGCGUUGCAGUAUUGAAGGCGAGGAGCUCCCGAAGUGGCCUGGCGGAGGCUCGGUCUACAUCUCGCUCGAGGAGAUUGAGCAAUACGGCUAUCUCUUUAGGCCAUUCUACGACUUCGACAGAGAGCGGCUUCGCAGGUAUCUGAUGGCGAUGGAGGAGCAGGACAAGAUGCCCAAUGUUAGAGACAAGGCGGUAGUUUUGCGCGGCGGCUGAAGGAGUGACUUUGCAGGCGGGAAGCGAAUACGGGUGUAUGCACGGUUCUCGGCAGGAGUGGUCUCUGUAGGGUCAAUAACCGGGAACUGUCUCUGGGGCUUUUAGAGUCUGAUGGAUCGAGGUACCGUACGACGCAAGCAGCUGGAACCAGGGUGGAUGAUACACUGUUUUGGAUUGGAACAAAUUUGGUUUAGCCGUUCAUAGGGCCUCAAUCCACCCAAACAACGGG